AUGCUGACGAAAGGAGUGGCGUUUUCACCAUGGCAAUGCCCGACCGCACACCGCAAUCGAACCAGAGUCCUCAUCGAAAGAUUUGGAUGGAAAAUGGUGUCUCACCCACCCUACAGCCCAGACUUAGCACCAAGUGACUUCCAUCUCUUCCCUGAGUUGAAGAAAACCUUGGCGGAACCUAAUGCCAGACAGAUGAGAGGUGCAAACGCGGUUGUUAGUUUUCUACACGGGACAGGCGGCAGAGUUCUAUGA